AUGAUUUCACGACUUAGUUUUUCGGCUGUUUCACGAUUAUUGGGUUCGAACUGCACAUCAACAUAUGCUCCCAUUUCAUCGAAUGCUUAUCAAUAUCGAUCUGCAUCAACCAAUCCAAACCUCAAUGAAGUAGUGAUCGUCAGCGCUGUUCGAACACCAAUUGGUACAUUUCGUGGAAGUCUUGCAUCUGUACCAGCACCUAAACUCGGUGCUACAGCUAUAAAAGCAUGUUUAGAACGUGCAAAAAUACCUGCCAAUCGUGUACAAGAAGUUUAUAUGGGUAAUGUUGUUCAAGCUGGUGUUGGUCAAGCGCCAGCACGACAAGCAUCACUCUAUGCAGGUUUACCACAAGAAACACUUUGUACAACAAUCAAUAAAGUAUGUGCAAGUGGUAUGAAAGCUAUUAUGAUGGCUUCACAAAGUCUUAUGUGUGGUCAUCAAGAUAUUAUGAUUGCUGGUGGUAUGGAAAGCAUGUCAAAUGCACCUUAUUAUUUUCCACGAGGAGAUACACCUUAUGGAAAUCUUCAAUUAGAAGAUGGUAUUGCUAAAGAUGGUUUAACUGAUGCAUAUGAUCGAAUUCCAAUGGGUUUAUGUGCAGAAAAAACAGCAAAAAAAGAAAAUAUUACACGUGCAGAUCAAGAUGCUUUUGCUAAACAAUCUUAUGAACGAACAGCUAAAGCGUGGAAAGAAGGAAAAUAUAAUGCUGAAGUUGUACCAGUAACUGUAAAAACAAAAAAAGGUGAAGUUAUUGUAAAAGAAGAUGAAGAAUAUAAAAAAGUUGAUUUCGAAAAAAUGAAAACAUUAAGAACUGCUUUUCUCAAAGAUGGAACAAUAACAGCUGCAAAUGCAUCGAAAAUUAAUGAUGGUGCUGCUGCUUGUUUAUUAAUGACACGUCAAGCUGCUGAUGAACUUGGUUGUAAACCAUUAGCCCGAAUAAUUGCUUUUGCUGAUGCUGAAACUGCACCAGUUGAUUUUAGUAUAGCACCUAGUUUGGCUAUUCCAAAGCUUUUAAAACUUGCAAAACUUGAUAAGAAUGAUAUUGCUAUGUGGGAAGUUAAUGAAGCAUUUAGUGCUGUUGUAUUAGCUAAUGCAAGAUUACUUGGUAUUAGUCUUGAUAAAAUGAAUGUACAUGGAGGAGCGGUUGCACUUGGACACCCAAUUGGAAUGUCUGGUGCAAGAAUUGUCGUACAUUUAUGUCAUAGUUUAAAACCCGGUGAAAAAGGUGUUGCCGGUGUAUGUAAUGGUGGUGGUGGAGCAUCAAGUAUUUUGAUUGAAAAACUUUAA